UUGGGGUAGGCGGGCUGCGCGGGGUCCCGGCGAGGGGAUAGUCGGGGUGGGCUGCCUGGGGUGGGGGGGGUGCUCUGGGGGGCUGCGGGCGGCGGACAAAGCGACGGCACCACCCCGUAGCGCGGCCCAAUGGAAUGAAUGGGCUAUAAAUAGCGGCCAAUGGGAGGCCUGCGUUGCGCCCCUUAAGAGCCGCGGGAGCGCGGAGCGGCCGCUGUUCGCCUGCGCCGCGCCCUGAGCUGCCGACCGACCGAGAACCCCCGCCCCCGCCCGGCUGCUCACCCGCCGCCGCCAUGCCCUUUUCCAACAGCCACAACACGCUGAAGCUGCGCUUCCCGGCCGAGGACGAGUACCCCGACCUCAGUGGCCACAACAAUCACAUGGCCAAGGUACUGACCCCCGAGCUGUACGCCGAGCUGCGCGCCAAGAGCACGCCGAGCGGCUUCACGCUGGACGACGUCAUCCAGACCGGCGUGGACAACCCAGGCCACCCCUAUAUCAUGACCGUGGGCUGCGUGGCUGGCGACGAGGAGUCGUAUGACGUGUUCAAGGAGCUCUUUGACCCCAUCAUUGAGGAUCGGCACGGCGGCUAUAAACCCACAGACGAGCAUAAGACCGACCUCAACCCCGACAACCUGCAGGGCGGCGACGACCUGGACCCCAACUACGUGCUGAGCUCGCGGGUGCGCACGGGUCGCAGCAUCCGCGGCUUCUGCCUCCCCCCGCACUGCAGCCGCGGGGAGCGCCGCGCCAUCGAGAAGCUCGCUGUCGAAGCCCUGUCGAGCCUGGACGGUGACCUGGCGGGGAGAUACUAUGCGCUCAAAAGCAUGACCGAGGCGGAACAGCAGCAGCUCAUCGACGACCACUUCCUUUUCGAUAAGCCCGUGUCGCCCCUGCUGCUGGCCUCGGGCAUGGCCCGCGACUGGCCGGAUGCCCGUGGCAUCUGGCACAAUGACAAUAAGACCUUCCUGGUGUGGAUCAACGAGGAGGACCACCUGCGGGUCAUCUCCAUGCAGAAAGGGGGCAACAUGAAGGAGGUGUUCACCCGCUUCUGCAACGGCCUCACCCAGAUUGAAACGCUCUUCAAGUCUAAGAACUACGAAUUCAUGUGGAACCCUCACCUGGGCUACAUCCUCACCUGCCCGUCUAACCUGGGCACGGGGCUGCGGGCAGGGGUGCACAUCAAGUUGCCCCACCUGGGCAAGCACGAGAAGUUCCCGGAGGUGCUCAAGCGGCUGCGGCUUCAGAAGCGGGGCACAGGCGGUGUGGACACGGCUGCCGUGGGUGGAAUCUUUGACGUCUCCAACGCAGACCGCUUGGGCUUCUCGGAGGUGGAGCUGGUGCAGAUGGUGGUGGACGGCGUAAAGUUGCUCAUCGAGAUGGAGCAGCGGCUGGAGCAGGGCCAGGCCAUCGAUGACCUCGUGCCCGCCCAGAAGUGAAGCCCUGGCCUGCAUCUGCCACCACCUCCGGCCCUGCUGCUUCCUAACUUAUUGUCCGGGCAGCGCCCACCAUGCACCCCUGAGGCUCGCCGUUCGGCGGCUGAACCCUUAGCCUUGCUGUAGAGACUCCCGUCGCCCUCGGUAGAGUUUAUUUUUGUGAUGGCUGAGAUGUUGCUGAUGCUGAAAUAAACGAGGGUUUUGGCC